UCCCCACCUAAAGAUCUGCCAGCCACACUGGGCUGGAGGGCGAUGACGCCCGCAGUGCCAUUCUGGGAGAAUCCCACUCAAUUCUACCACUAUCUGCCCUCCACCAGCCCCGCCCCAUAGGAUGAGAGCUGGCCAGCAGCCCCGAGAGAGCACAGGAACGCUGGACACAGCCCUUCCACUCCUCCAGUGUCUGCCAUGUCCACUGAGGGAGGCUCCUCUCCCCUUCCCACCCGUCUCUAAAAUUGGGAAAGCCCUCUUGAGCCCCCCUCCCCAGCUUGGCCAGGGUCCCUGUGGGAGUCACAUGGGCAAAAGCCUCUGGGGUGCCGUGGUUGGCCAUCGGGAGUAGGUGAGGCCCGGGGUGCCUGCCACCUCUCCUGGGCAGACCGGCCGCUCCAGUUCCUGCAUUUCUCUGCUGUCCCUCCCUGGGAGGAGGAUUUCACCCUAGGACGUGGGGUGGGGAAGGAGUCUUCUUGCUCACUUUGCUCGGAUUUUCAGCAAAGGAGGGGUUCCCAUCCUGUGGCAAGGCUGCCGCUGGAGCUCUGUCCUCACGCCGACACAGCCUCGGUCCCACCGCUUGUCCCAGCUCUGACGUGAGCCCCUUGGGCGGGUUGGCAGCAAGCUCUGUAGAAGGUGCGAGAGACAUGGCUGAGCAGCUGUCCAAAGAGCAGGCAGCCGAGUUCAUGGAGACCUUCCACAGAUUCGACAAGGACAAAGACAGUGCCAUCAGCACCCAGGAGCUGGGCGCCGUGAUGCAGGAGCGGGGCCUGAACCCGUCGGAGGCCGCGCUGAAGGGGUUCAUCGCCAGGGACGAUGCGGACGGGGAUGGUGUCAUCAGCUCCCAGGAGUUCCUGGCAGUGAUAGCCAAGGGGGUUCGGGUCAGAGCGGAUGACCUGAGGACAGCCUUCCACGCCUUCGACCUGGAUGGCGACGGCCACAUCAGCAUGGAUGAGCUCAAGCAGGCCAUGGCCCAGCUGGAGGUGUCCCAGGAGGAGUUGGACAUCAUGAUCCGGGAAGCUGACGUGGACUGGGACGGGCAGGUGAGCUACAAGGAGUUCGUGCGCGUCCUCAUGCUGAAAUGAAGCCUCCCGACCGCCGCCCCCUCCUGCCUGACUCUGGGCCUGCUGCGGGGUCCGGCCCGGCUUCUGAGCCGGGGACGCCAAGGGACAGUCUAGGUGGUGGGUGGGUGGGUGGGUGGGUGGGUGGGUGGGAGGGGCCUCCCCGUGGGGACCCCUGGCCUCUCCUGGGCCCGGGGUCUGCUCUCUGUCCGGCGAGACCUCGUCUGCUCGUGCGAUGGGGGUGCUCCCUACCUCGCAGGGCUGUUGUGAGGACCCCAAAGUGACGUGGUGAUUGGAAUAAAAGGGAUCUGAGCUUCGAGGUGGUGACACUGCGCUUGAAUGGGGGGGUGUCCAAGGGCCCCAGACGAUGGGGUUCUGUUGAGCCUCUCCCUCUUUCACUUGGCCCUAGUGGGGGACACGGCCAGUAGACCCCCAUCUGAUGCCCUUGGACGAGGAGGCUGCCAACUGUUCUUCAGGCUCGAGCUAAAAGAAAAAGAUGCGUGUGUACAUGCGUGCAUAUGUGAGCGCGUGCAUGCACGCGUGUGCUUGUCCUGCCUUUGAGACAUGGGAUCAUCUACAGUGAAGGUGGUGGCCCCGGAGGACCGGCCCUGCCCCACCUGAAGGAGGGCAGGACAGGUGGGAACGGGAAGGACGAGAGGUGCUGUGAUGGGUAAAGGGCAGGGGGCUGCACUUGGGGGGGCGUUUCCCAGUCAGAUCUGAGGAGGACACGGCUCAGGGAGGAAGGGGCCCCCCCAGACCCCUUGGCUGCAGCCUCUCAGGGCCUUUCUGUGGUGGGGGGCUCUGAAGUGGCUCCCAGGCUGGGGAGCGCCCAUGGAGGGGUGGGGGGAGUCCAGAACAUGGAGAUGCGAGACGAGGGUCUGCCUGCAGCACCGCCCCCCGCGUCAAGCUGAGGUACCAUUUGAACUUGGGCUUCUGUGCUGUUGCUGUGUUUUUAAAAAACUCUCUUAGCCGGGGAAUUCCCUGGCAGGCCAGUGGUUAGGACUCUGCACUUUCAUUGCCCAGGGUGUGGGUUUGAUACUUGGUCGGGGAACUAAGCUCCUUCAAGCCGUGCAGCGCGGCUAAAAGAAAAACAAAACAAAA